AUGACGUCAACUUCUUUCAUAUUGGUUUCCCUCCUGGUGACAGUGGGUUCUUUCCUCAGAGACGUUCCCCAAGCACAGGCUGCAAGUAUCCCGCUUGUGAGCCCUCGAGCUUCCACCGACAACUUUCCCACCGCAUAUGAGGUACCAGCUGGUCUCAGGAAUGUGUUUCCAGCCGAGAACUUCAACCGCAACGUCACGACAACCUGGUGGAGCACCGAAGUUCUCGAUGGACACUCAACAGAGGCCGCUGCAGAAGCCAGCGCAGCUCUCGCAAAUGCUUCAUUCAUCGUCUUAGACAAGGAUAUGUAUCAGAUAUUACAAGUGGAGGAUGGCACUGAGUUCGCUGCAAUUGAGUCGAUCUUCGACUUCCCCCCGGGACCUUCAUUCUCGCGGCGUAUAGUACACGACGGAACUGUCUUCUCACCUGAAUGCAACUGCAUCUUCUUCGCCGAGCUACACCCACCAAAGGAAGGAUUCUCAGCAGACGCGAUGCCAUGGGUCUGGAGAGUCAAUCUCAAUAACACGCCACCGACAACGGAGAAGGUCUAUCCCUCGCCACAGCUCACAGUCCCUAACGGCGCUUACUACCACAACGGGAGUGUCUACUGGGCACAAGAGGGCAACUACACCAAUCCCGGCGGUAUUGUUCGAAUGGAUCCUGUCACACUGGAAACAGAGAUCGUUCUUAACAACUUCUUCGGUCAUCGAUUCAACAGCCCCAACGAUGUGGUUAUCACCCGGGACGGGGUUGCUUACUUCACUGAUGGGUACUACGGCUAUGAUAACUUCAACGACACCUUGAAGCCGGAGUUAACCAACGGAGUCUGGAGGUGGGAUAUGAAGACUAGCGACCUCAGGAUGGUCGCCGGUGCUGGUGGUGGUCCUUUCACCAAUCCAAAUGGUGUUGCCCUGAACCUCGAGGAGGACAAGCUCUACAUCACAAACCGCGGCAAUGCGUCAGACAAUCCAGCUGGCGGUCGCACGAUCUAUGAACACCAGAUCCGUUCAGAAGGACUUCCACUGCGCGGCGGCGAUGUCUUCGCAUAUGCCGACUCAGGGUUUCCGGACGGCAUCAAGGUGGACCGAGAUGGUCGAGUAUACGGAGGAGUGACGGGCGGAGUGAGUAUUUUCGACUCCAGCGGCAAGCAGCUCGGUAUUAUCAAAGUCGCGGAGGGCGAUGUUGCCGUGAAUAUGCAGUGGGUAGAGGACUGGCUUUACAUCGCGGGGAGAGACCAUCUUUACCGCGUUCAGUUGAACACCUCCGGAGUACAGUCUUACUAA